GCUGGCGGCCUUCACGCGCAAGACAGGUGAGCUCAAUAUCACAGCCGCGACGCACGCUUCGACAAUUGCGCACGAAGUUGUAUCGAAUCUCAUUAACAUAUAAUGCGGCACUCCGCUGUUUUAACGCGGACCGCGAGUUCGUCCGAGACGGGUAAAAAAAGAGACACGGAUUUUUCGGUGAAGGGCAUAAUCGGUGGCCAAGAGACUUCAUCUGGCACUUCCUUCGAGUUGGAGUCGAAACAAAAUCAUAACUGGUGCACUAAUGGCGGCAAAACCACGUCACCUGCUGGCGCCUACAAGUUUACCAUGGACGACAUUUUACAGUAUUUUUUUGGCAAAGCAAACCACUUGCGCGCCCACAAGGAGGAAGAUAACGGAUUAUGUUGUGUUGAUUGUCAACAGAAGACUUCCGAACGUUGCCCGAUGCACGGGCCCCUCCAGUCGUUGUGUAAACUCGUCAACAAUGAAAAGCAGGAAGUUGAAGGAAAGGAGAAUGCCCACGUGACGUAUGCGGUCUCAUCAUUUCCGCCGGAAGUGCAACUUUGCGAAUCUCAAAUUCCAGGCCACUUUUACGGAGUCUGCGCGCGACAGUUCAUUCCGAUAGGCACCUGGAUAGGACCGUACGAAGGUAUCCGAGUGUCGGCCGAGGACACCCACGAAGGAAUGGACAUGUCUUACAUGUGGGAGGUGUACAAAGACGGACGUAUAUCUUCGUAUUUGGACGGGGGGGAUGAAAAUGCAUCGAGCUGGAUGCGAUUCAUCCGUUGUGCCCGCCAUAAACACGAACAAAAUCUUUUCUUAUUUCAAUAUGGCGACAAUAUCUUCUAUCGUGCCUACAAAGAAAUACCUCCCGGCACGGAGCUACUGGUUUGGUACGAUGAACAAUACGAGAAGUUUCUUGGGGUACCUAUAUGUCUACGCCAUGUGAUCCCGGUUUCAAUAGGUCAAGUUUACCCCCAUGAUAUGAACCUCUCGACCAAAGACACCAACUAUCCACCAUCGUUCUACGUACCCCCCACGCAACCCCUACAUUGCGACACAGGUUUUCCUGGAAAGGCGUCACCAAGUAACAACCUACUCAAAAAAUCACCGAGAAAUGAAUGUAAGGAAGACCUUACAAAAAUUUCUGGGAUUAAAAAGAAUACCGCUGACAAAAAAGAUGCGGCAAGCGGGCGCACAAGUCCGCGCGAAAACACGAGUAGCUUGGAAUCUGGUGUCUGGAGAUGUGGUCAAUGCUUCAAAAGUUUUACCCAGCGUUCAUUGCUGCAAAUUCACGUGUGUCCACGUUUACCAGAAAAGCCAUAUCAAUGUGGGCAUUGUUCCCAGUCCUUUUCCCAUCCGACGGAACUGCGCACGCACGUGGUAACACAUAAUAGCGAGAGGCCUUUUAAAUGCGGUUUCUGCGGACGAUCGUUCGCGGGCUCAACCACGUUGAAUAAUCACAUAAGGACGCACACUGGACAGAAACCUUUCGUUUGUGAGAAAUGUGCAAGAUCAUUUUCUCAGGCAUCACAACUUAGUCGUCACCAGAGGUUACCAGGUGAUUGCCACAGAAACACUGUAUACUGACGUGCGCAUGUAGCAACGAGCACGUCAUCUUCACUGCCGUGACAAACGUGGGCAAUCUCUCUGUACAAUUUCUAAUGACAUUGUGUUCCUCCCACGUGCCUAUCAUUUCUUACGGCGAAGCAGAUUUCAGUUGAAUCUCAAAUCCACGAAUGUCAUGAAAUGCUGGUCAACUAGUUAUUGAUAUAGUAUUACUCUCACGAUCGAAAUAUCCAGAAUAUUUUGUAGCAAAGAGUAUUUUACGUAAGAAUGUAGUAUAUGGCAGGUUAUAGCAAUAUAUACACAGUUUCGAUCAAGCUUUCUGAGACAAUAGUCAGAAUAUAUCUUUAAUACCUUUGUGAUUAAUGCUACUUGUUUGCAUAACCUCAUUAAUUUGGCAUUGCGAGUUUUUGCCUUAUAUUCUCACGGGGCUAUUGAUAUGUUAAACUUAAUGAAAGCUAUAUACAUUAUUAUUCCCACCAUUCUUUUAGCAAGAACAUUGUACAUUUUGAAUAUUGUAACAGACAUGCAACCUUCAUAGAAAUAGCUGUACGAUGGUUGUAUAUCUUAGGCCACCGACUGUCAAAUUCUCUGUGAUCACUGUUGUUGGCAUUUUCAAACGAAAAUUCCUAGUAAGCUUCAAAAUAUUUGGUAGAAAUGAUUAAAAGAAACUAAAAUUGUGGUUAACACUGAGUUACUUCAUCGUGAUACUCGCUGCAAAACAUUUGCAACUUGGGAUUUACCAAUGCAAGUUUCCAACUGUGAACACAGAAACUUUGACAGCGCAAAUCGGGACCUAGUGUUGAAUACUAUAAUGGUAUAUACUGUAUAGUGUAUAGUUGUAGCAAAUAUAUUUCUCUAGUAUUCUUCAUGCAUGCAUGUAUCGAUUGUAUAGUGUUAUGCAGUAAUCCGUCUAGUUUAUAUACGUUAAAUUAAGGCCCUGUUACAACGUUCAAUUUUUCUUGCAACUUGCAAUACAAUUCGAUCUACUUCUAAGAGAUGAAAUUAGAAAAGAGUCUAGCGGAAGAAAGGUGCAUAAAGUGUAAUAAUAAUAUUCGUUAUUUCCAAAUAUACAUCUCUCAAAAGUAGAAUUGCAUUGCAAGUUGCAAGAGAAAUUACACCGUGUAACAGGGCCUUUAGUGAAGAAGAUAUAUAACGCCCACACAGUAUAAGAAGGAUGGAUCUUUCGUUCUUCACAUACCCAAUUUGCAUGUAAUUAACGUCUUGAACGGGCUUCAUG